UAACCCCGCUGGCGCUCUCCUGUAGGUAUUCUCUAUCGUAACUUGCAACACGCUAUAGAUAAAACAAAGCGCUUACCACAGCAUACCUGAAGCGGCACCGCUUUUCCUGAAAGAGCUUCCCGCAACCGCUUUCUCCGAAAGUUGCCCCCGAGGCUCCCAAGUUGAUCCGCUGACCGCGUAGCCGGCUUCCGCCACCACCAUGGCCGAAGCCGCUGGGGAGCAGGAAGUGGAGUACCAGAACGAGAGCCGCGUUCUCAUCCUCGAUGCCGACAACGCGGGUAGCGCCGUAAGAACGGCUGUCUUCUCUCGCCAGGGCGAGGACGUGCACGCCACGGCCGCCUCUCUGCUGAACCUUCCCGCGGGCGAACGCAUCAGGUGCUUCCACCUGCCGAUGUUCGAGAAGGCCAUGGGGUGGAGCGUUCACAUGUACAUCGACCUCGAUGCCAUCGCGCACAAACUUGACCACAACACCAACGCCACGCAACUGUGGCUCAUCGCCAACCUCCCCAACGAGCCUCCGGAGGUGCAGCCCGACUCGAUCCACGGCCCGGUGCUGCUGACGGCGGAGAACUUCAAGGACGAGGAGUACGUGCAGCUGGGCGAUGAGGAGUGGGCCCAGAUCGUGGCCAAGUGCAAGGAGGUGCAGCCCAACGCGCAGUUCCUGCCCAUGGAGCCUGUGGCCACGCCGCCCGGCCAGUAGUAGAGGAGCAGCGGGCGCCUGAAGAGUGGGGGGCACGGGCGGGCCGCGGCCGGCUACAUAGCAGGCAAGCAGGCCCGUGACGCAACCGAUGCGUUGCCUGGCAAUCUGCGGAAAGGCUGUCUGUCUGUGUCAAAGGGGUUGUAGGCCGUUGCCGUUGCAAUGUGCACAGUGCGCUGCGAGCGCCCCUGCUGCAUCUGUUCGUGUGUAUAAUUGUGUAUCGUAUUCGUGUUGCCAUCCUGUUGGUUGUGGAAGAUGCCCCUUUCAUGUCCGCUUGCUGCAUGCCUGCGCGUGCGGACGGCGUUGCGUGUGGUCAGGGUGCAUGCCCGACUGCGGACCGGACCGAACCGUGUGGCUAGGGAGUUGCGCUAUGUGGAACGCGGACUAUGCUGCGACUAGCCAGUGUGCAGCAGCAUUGCAUGAGACGGAGUGCUACAGAUGCAAUUGAAGGAGGGUGUGCAUACGGGGCUCUAAAUGGUGAAGGUGGGGGCCCACCCGGGUUGUCCAUGUCACCGUCGUGUGUGUAAAGCGUCAAAUGGUCGUGGCUGCGGAAGUGAGGAUGCUAUUGAUGAUAGCAGCUGCUGUGUGAUGCCAUGACCGGGUGCUGUGGAAAUGCGUUGCUGCAGCAGUCGGGUGGCCAUUGCCUCGGGCCUGGAUAGGGGGUGUGACGUCGUGUGGGGUGUCAGGGUCGCGGCAGCAGGUACGGAUUGCAUCAGCUGGCGCGGAGCCGCGAAUGGGCAAGGCACUGGCAAUGAAGGUGGAACUGUGCUAGAAUGUGUAAGUAAGAAGCACCGCCGACGUCUGGGGCGGGGGCGUUGGCCCAGGGGUCCUCGCGCACAGCUCGCGGGGCCGUCCGGGGCGUGUGUAGUCAAGUGCAGCCUGCCCGUUCGGGUCUGGACCGUGCAAUGCAAACGCGGACAGCGUUUACACAGUGACAGCACACCUUGUGACAUGCUUUGCGGUUAUACUUCCCCUGGCGGGCGGGCGCGCCAUCCUGUGAAUCGCGGACUUACCUGGCAACAUUUUACCAGGCAGAUCACCGCGUCACGCUUUACAUGAAACUCUUGAGAACUUGUGUAAGUGUUUGUUACU